UCUGUGAUCUCUCUCCCUCUGUUUCUAUGUUCACAUACAGGCGCACUAAUGCCAUAGGCUCCUGUUAGCCGCUUUAACUGCUUGUAAAUUUCACCAUUAAAACUCUAGUCCCUUGAACCCUCUUCCCUGGCCUCUCUCUUACAUGAUGCUAUAACUUCGAUGGAUUUCAUUUCUUGGGUUCUUGUCUUUUGACAAGAAGAUAAUCUGCUCAGUUGAAGUGUCUUUAGAAGAAGGGAUAGGGGAAGAGAAGGAAGUGAGAGUUCAUUCUCUGCUAGCUGUCUUCAGCUGUUUAGAUCACACAAAAUCGAUCAUUGGAGAAAGAUGAGCAUUUCAAGGCAACAAGUGGAAGUACAAGUCCCAAAAACCAGCAGUACCCACACAAGAGGAAACGGGCAUGAUGAUGAAUCCCCAUCUCCUUCCCCUCCAUUCAAAGGGGGCAUGCACCAGGCCUACAAGAAAGCGGCAGUGAGGUACAGAGAAUGCCAAAAGAACCAUGCAGCAAGCAUGGGCGGGAAUGCAAGAGAUGGGUGUGGUGAGUUCAUGGCAAGUGGGGAAGAGGGCACCCUUGAAGCCCUCAAAUGCUCAGCCUGUAGCUGCCACAGAAACUUUCAUCGGAAAGAGACAGAAGGGGAGUUUUCCUACACCUUCGGCCAUCUUCAACCCCUCAACAAUACUGAAAGAAAACUCAUUUUAGGCCAUCACAAUAGGCCAAUUAUGGGGCCAAAGUCCAUAGAAUAUCCCACAGGAACACUGGUUUCCUCAAGAGCAGCAGCCCCUCAACACAUGAUAAUGGGAUCAAUCCCAUCAGAGUCUGAUGAGCAAGAAGAGAUUGGACGUGGUGGGGCAAAGCCAAGUAGUGAUCAGCAAGUAAAGAAGAGGUUCAGAACCAAGUUCACCCAAGAGCAGAAGGAGAAGAUGUUGAGCUUUGCAGAGAGGGCUGGUUGGAGGAUACAAAAGCCGGAGGAAUCGCUAGUGCAGCAGUUCUGCCAAGAGAUUGGAAUCAAGAGGAGAGUCCUCAAGGUGUGGAUGCACAACAACAAAAACUUGGCCAGGAAAAACCCCUCCACAGAUUGAACCAUUCUCUCUCUCUCUCUCUCUCUCUCUCUCCCCUGUAAUCUACUUCUCUCUC